AUGGCUGACAAACUUCCAUUAGCAAUGAUUCCUGGCCACAUUGUUGUUACUGAAUCAUUUCCUGUAUCUUCUAGUGGAAAAAUUAACUAUGAGUUGUUGGCAGACUCAGUAUUUGCAAAGCAUGUCCAAGAUGGGCUUGGUGACGUUGGGAGCAGCAACCUACUGCAACUAGUAAAAACGGCCUUUAAAGAUGUUUUAAGUGUUGAAGAGAUUUCUGAUGAUGAUGAUUUCUUUACUAUGGGUGGAAAUUCUAUUGCUGCUGCACAUCUUUCUAAUAAUAUAGGAGUUGAUAUGCGAUUGAUAUAUUGCUUUCCAAGUCCAUCCAUGCUUUGUGCUGCUCUUUUAGAGAGAAAAGAAUCAUUGAAUAUAAAAGUCAGUAGAGAUGCUAAUCAAGAUGAAUCGGGAAGGGGAAAUGAAGAUAAUGCAAUUAUCUCUAAACGCUUGAAACUGGAUUCAAACAUAAAUGUUGCUGGUGGUAGUAGUCCAGCAAACGGGUAUCCAUGGAAUUCUGUGGCAAUAUGUGCGUCUUGUUCUUUUAGCCGGUGCAACAAAGUUGUGUAUGAAGGUGGGUCCAUGUGGUUCUGUCCAGUGGGAGAUAAACUAGAAGGACGUGUGGAAUGCUCAGCAGCAAUUCUUAGUGACUUCACACAGGUUGUAGUUGGAUGCUACAGAGGGAAAAUAUACUUCCUUGAUUUUUUGAACGGUAACAUCUGUUGGACUUUCCAAACAUCUGGUGAGGUAAAGUCACAGCCUGUCAUAGACAGUCGGAGACAAUUGAUCUGGUGUGGAUCAUAUGACCAUAACUUGUAUGCUCUAGAUUACAAAAACCAUUGCUGUGUAUAUCAGCUUCCAUGUGGUGGGAGUAUCUAUGGGUCACCUGCAAUUGAUGAGGCAUUCCCAUUUUCUAUUCUGUGGCUGCAUGAGCUAGAAGCACCAGUGUUUGGUUCUCUUGCCAUCAAUUCUCUGAAUGGAAAUAUUAUAUGUUGCUUAGUGGAUGGUCAUGUUCUCGCAUUGGAUACAAGUGGAUCUGUUAUUUGGAGGUAUAGAACUGCUGGACCUAUAUUUGCUGGAGCCUGCAUGUCUUCUGCUCUUCCUUUUCAGGCACUCAUAUGCUCUCGAGAUGGAAGCAUCUACUCACUUGAACUGGAAACGGGAGAUUUACUCUGGCAAUACAAUGUUAAGGAUCCAAUUACUUCAUCCGCUUAUGUGGAUGAGCACUUAAGCUUGGUAUCUGAUCGAUCUAACUUGCCAGACAGGUUGGUUUGUAUCUGUUCCAGCUCAGGAAGUGUCUAUUUGCUUCGGGUUAACUCGGGUGUCGCCAAAGUGGCAAAUGAACCGAUAGAUGUUGAGGAAUUUUCCAGACUGGACCUCGUAGGAGAUGUAUUUUCUUCACCUGUAAUGAUUGGUGGCAGAAUUUUUGUUGGUUGUAGGGAUGAUUAUAUACACUGCAUUACUGUGAAGGCCUAG